AGUAAUGUAACCUUAUUAUUUAAAGAUAAGGAAGUAAAUAUAAGAAGAAAAGCUAAGAGAAUUGAAAAUGGUUGCCUUUGAAGAAAGGGAACUGAGAAUGGUAGCAAAAGCCUGGCAUAGUUUUUAAACUUUUUUUUUAAAUAUUUCAGGGUUAAAAGUAAAAAUGAAAAAUAUUAAAUGUGACAAUUAUGGAAAGCACUUUAGCCCAUGCCUUUUACAGUUCAGUGUUGCAUAAAUGUAAACUAUUAUUACCCUGCUCCUUCUAAAAAGUGUACUAAAGCCUUGUAAAGCCAGCGCCACAUACUUUUUAUUCAUUUCAUCUUUUUUCCCCAUUUCCCACCAUACGUGUGCCAUGUUGGCUCUAAGGAAGGAAUUACAUACAUACAUGUCAGUAUCUUUCCAUUUGGUUUGUGUAUCUACCUGAUUUACUAAUCCAUUGUUUUAUUGAUGUGAAUGAGAAGGAGCUGUUCACAUGUUGCCACUUUCUGAAUCAUGUUGGUACCUUUUUCAGGAUUUUCAGGAAAAUCCUGAAUUGUUUUCUUCUCUUUUGCCAGUCAUUUGCAUUUGUAAGAUUAAAUCAAUGGCUUUUGCAAAUUGUGUUCAAGCUUACUCUAGUUUCCUAAUUAGUCUUAUGUACAUUUUAACACAUUUUCUCCCUAUGAUCAGGGCCGCAAGCUUCUUAUCAUUGGGACCACUAGCCGCAAAGAUGUCCUUCAGGAGAUGGAAAUGCUUAAUGCUUUCAGCACCACCAUCCACGUGCCCAACAUUGCCACAGGAGAGCAGCUGUUGGAAGCUUUGGAGCUUUUGGGCAACUUCAAGGAUAAGGAACGCACCACAAUUUCUCAGCAAGUCAAAGGGAAGAAGGUCUGGAUAGGAAUCAAGAAGUUACUCAUGUUGAUCGAGAUGUCCCUACAGAUGGAUCCUGAAUACCGUGUGAGAAAAUUCUUGGCCCUCUUAAGAGAAGAAGGAGCUAGCCCCCUUGAUUUUGAUUGAAAAUGAACUAUUUGAAACCCACAGUGACCAAGGGAAGUGACCAAGCUUAUUUUGUGGCUUUUAAAGAAGUGGAUUGUAUUGUGAGCUCCUGUGAUUCCUGGUGGUCAGUAUCCUGGAUUCCUCUAAGAUCUUGCCUCUUGCCUCCUCAUGAAAGCAGCACACAUUGUGUUAACUUAUGUCUCUUGUUAAAUGAGCUUAAUGUCUUUGUGUUUUGUCCAAAACUAUAUUGAAAAAUAUACAUAUUGUUUAAUGCAAAUGAAGGAAUGCAAUAAAGAGUAAAUAUACUUGAAAAUGUUCUGUA